UAUUCUCUCUAUACUACUACAUGUUUCAUUUUUUUUUUCUCUACAAAUCAUGAAUGUUCUCUUAUGAGACAACAUUCAUGAUUUGCUCAUCAUCUUCCUCUUCUUUUUUCUGAUUUCCCUAUUUAAUUAAGGAAUCAGACAUAUACUCCAUAUCCAAAAUUCUGUCCAAAUUUUCGGAUUAGAAGAGGAACAUAAUUAACUAAAUCAAUUUUUUUGUUGCAGAAUCUUGAUUAAUUACAUGAAAUAAUGGCUUUGAUCUCCAUCUAAUCUCAAGGGGGCUGAAUUAAUUAGAGCAGAUUAAUUAGAGAUGGGUGCAUGUUGUACCUGUCAAAGGGGCCAAAAUUUUAAAGGCAAACAUCAUAAUCAUAAUCAUAAUCAUAAUCAUCAUAAUUAUUAUGAGGAGAAUAAUGGGGAGCAAAAAGAGGUUGAAGAUGAUUAUCAAAGCAUAGUAGGAAGAGGAGAUUUGGGUGCCAAUGUCAGGUUAUGUGGAUUUUCUAAAUUUGUAUCAAUGUAUAGUCAACAAGGUAAAAAAGGGAUCAAUCAAGAUGCAAUGACUGUUUGGGAGAACUUUGGUGGAAAGAAAGGUAUGUUCUUCUGUGGUGUGUUUGAUGGACAUGGACCUUCUGGCCACAAGGUAGCGCGCUAUGUUAGAGAUUUCUUACCUUCCAAAAUUUCAUCAUAUAAUAAUGAGAUCAAAGCCAACAGUAUUAGACGGGACGUCGAAAAGGAUGAUGAUGAAGCUGACAACCCAUACUUUACUGCAUGGAAAGAUAAAUUUCUCAAGUCUUUUAAAGAAAUGGAUGAAGAACUUGAAGGUGAUGGUUCUAUUGAAAGUUACUGCAGUGGCACAACUGCAGUGACUUUAGUUAAACAGGGAGAACAUUUGAUAGUUGGAAAUUUAGGAGAUUCGCGAGCUAUUAUUUGCACCAGGGACGACAAAAAUGAGCUCGUUUCUGAACAACUCACAGUGGACUUGAAGCCUAACCUUCCAGCUGAAUAUGAGAGAAUAAGAAGUUGUGAAGGAAGAGUAAUGGCGAUGGAGGAAGAACCGAGUGUAUAUAGGGUGUGGAUGCCUGAUCAAGAUUGCCCUGGCCUAGCCAUGGCUAGAGCUUUCGGAGAUUUUUGCUUGAAAGAUUUCGGCCUUAUCUCUGUCCCUGAAGUUUAUUAUAGAAAGCUUACUGAGAAAGAUGAAUUCAUCGUCUUGGCUUCAGAUGGGUUGUGGGAUGUUUUAAGCAAUGAUGAAGUGAUACGGAUAGUAGCAACAGCAAGGAAGCGAUCUAUUGCAGCAAGAUUGGUGGUGCAUCAUGCAGUUCGAGCCUGGAAAUACAAGUACCCGUGUGCCAAGGUCGAUGAUUGUGCUGUCGUAUGUUUGUUCUUGAAACGCCAAAGGCCUCUGCUCACGAAAUCAUUGUCAGAAGUGACUGAGCUGAGCUUAAAUUACACAGAGUUAGCGAGCAGUCAAAACUACACCCCCAAUUCCAAGAUAGAUGAUGGUCUUGACACACUGCUAAAUUAUCAACUCAAGGAAGAAAAAGAUCCAAAUGUUGUUGCAACUGGACUUAAUGAUGUAUCAGGUAAUGAUCAUAACAAGAGUUCGUCAAGGCACGCUCGUUACCUUAGCAGAAGAAAAUCUGCAAUGAAUUUUUGAGUCCAUUGAUCAGCUGUAUAUGUUAAACUAAAAAAUGUAUACUACAAAUUUAAAUGAAAUACUUGUAUGUAUUUUGAUU